CUUCAAUUUUAGCAGCCGACAAUGAAGUGGAAGAGCUGGAACUGAGGGAAAUCCCAAAUUCUGAAGACGAAAUGGGAAGCCAAGAAGGACUUGUAUGUAGGAAUGGCAAUACCAGUGUUAGCAGGUACUAAUUUAAAUGCCUCAAGUCGUGAGUGAUUGCAUAACUGAAACCUCAUUAGCUGACAAUCUUUGAGGGAUUCCAUUACGAUGUUUUGUACGAUACGAAAGAUGACUCAUCGGAUGCUCCUUCCUUCGAAUACAUCGCCGAUAACUUUUAUUUCUUCCCUGACUCAGCUAAGAUAUAAUGAUUUUAGGGCAAAUUACGAAGGAGUGCUUUAUGCUUUUGAUGUGGAAAUUGAAUUUGAGGCGACCGAAACUAUAUAUGUGACGUAACUUUGUUUGGCAGCGAAGUAUGCCGCUACGCUACAAAGGUCGAUCUUUAUUUGAGAUAUAUGCACAUGAAGAAUUCUCAUUAACAUACCGUGUGCACCAGCAAGUUAUUUCCUGGUUGAUUCAAUUUCGUGAGAUUGGUCAUGACACGGCUUGUUUUGGUGCAAAUAACGAGGAAGUUGAAUGAUAUCUGUUGAUGUACAUUUCGCUAUGUCACGCAAUUUUGCUUAACAAUUAUCACGCUAUUUGCUGUGGUGAUCUUAGUAAACGAUGAGUCUUCGAAAGAUGAAUACUGGAUCAAAUGCUUCAAUGUGCUAGCUUUUGCCACUGACAUAAAAUAAUCAAGGCUUUUUUUGCUAAUAAAAGGCAAUUAAAUUGAUAGAGCUCUAUGAACUCUAAUCUAUCUUACCAACUCUUUGAAUAAAACACUUUUGCUUUGAAAAAUAAACUUGAUUUCUCAAUGAUGUUGAUGUUCCUGCCAGUUAAACAAAAAAUAUAUGGUCUCUUACUUAGUUUUACAUAUGUAUUCAGACUUUCUGUUUUGCAGUGAAAAAAGAGAUUGUGUAAGAUUAUGUGGUGGAAGAAACUAUUGUGGCAAAAUAAUGCAAAUUAUGUAAAACUGGAUCAUUGCGUAAUGCAAUUCAAGAAUUUUCAUUGUCUCACCCUUCAUGGGUUAUGAGCCAGUACACCACGUGCUCACAUGACAAGGAGUUAAACUGGAGUUGUUUUUGUAUAUUGAAACAUUCCUUUUGUUGUUACAAAAUUAAUUUGGGAAGAUUAAUUUAUAGUUUUGGGCAUUUUUAAUAAAACAGUUAUUCCACUUGUGCUUGUUGGAUAUGAGAUGAUUCAGCCAACUCAGCCAUCUAUUAUCUCAUAUCCAAUAUACACUUGUGGAAUAAUUGUUUAUGUUUAAAAAUUCAGAGGAAUCUACAGGGUAUUAAUUCAAAUCAAGUAAUUAACUUUUGUCCUAUUAUCUUUACUGAGAUACUCAAAUUGUAAUGUUAGGGUGUAAAAAGUUAAAACUCCUGACAUUUACUUGCAUUCAGAGUGGGCAACAUUGACUUUUUUUCCUUAUGUGAUCAUUCGCAAACUUUGAAUUUGCUGUGCUAUGUUGCCUAGGAUCAAGGGUUUGAAGAACUGUGUGUUUAUUGGUUAUAUGAAAAAUGAACACUUUUUUUAUUAAUCCUAGUGAGGUGCAACAGACUGAAAGUGACUCUGUGCAGUUUGAUGACAUCUUGAAGCGUAUUGGUGAAUUUGGGCCCUGGCAAAGAGCCAUUUAUAUCCUUUCAUGUGUUUUUGUCCUCAUCCCCAGUGGACUUCACACAGCUGGGGUGCCAUUUAUUACUGGGACACCAAAGUUUCAAUGUGUGACACCAGACGUGGAGUGUGAAGUAAACAAAUGUUGCAAAAACUGUACAAAUUAUGCAUUUAUAGGACCUUAUGCCUAUAACAGCACAGUUACUGAGGUGUGUUUCUUUAAUUAAUUAUCUUUGUAUUUAGCUACAGUUGAGAAGAUCUAGGGUACAACACUGACUCAAAAUGUUAGGGCUACUAUUUUGUUUUUACCAUUUAACUCCCAGAAAUCAACAUGUAACUUUUCCCUAUAAUACCCAUACAUUAUCCAGCAAACAAGUAAUAAGAAUACUCAAACUUAUCAGGUAGCAGUUUUCUUCAUCUAAGACCAAAUUCUGUUUACUCAUUUACAAAGAAAUGUGGGACAGCCAGAGGGGAGAAUUAAUGAUCAGAUCUUAGGAGUUAAGGGGUUAAGGGUUUUGCAGUUCAGGUUACCCUACCAAACAGGGAUUUCCUUCCCAAACUCAUGCUUCCAGGCUUUGCAUGGCAAGUGGUUAAGACUAUUGACAUAUAACUACAUAUAACUGGGAGGGUCCAAGUGUGAGCCUUAUUUAACCCUAUAAUACCCAGAAGUGAUUGACAUGUAACUUCUCCCUAUAAUAUCCAUACAUUAUCCAGCAAAUGGAUAAUGAGAAUACUCAAACUUAUCAGGAAGAAGUUUUUAUCUUGAUCUAACACCAAAUUCUCACAACUAAUUUACAAGAGAGUGUGGAGCAGCUAGAGAGGAGAAUUAACGAUCAGAUCCACUUACCAGCUGAAAUUUUUUACCUUGGUUUCAUUUGAAUUACUUGAAUGUUUCAGUUAUUUGCUUGGCUGAUCCGACCUCUCUUUAAUAAGCACUGUCAGCAGAAGUUAGGGAUUUUUAUUUUCUUACUCUAGAGUCUGAUUUUGGACACAUGUGUCCAAAAAUCAUACACUAGUGUCAGAUUUUGAACUCUGGUGCAUUCAGUUUUUCAACGCUAGUCUCUGAUUUUGGGCCAAAGUGUCCAUUUUUUUAGACACUAGUGUCUGAUUUUGUCCCAAAUUGGACACUAAAUGUCUAUAAUCUAUUUCACUGGUUUAUGAAAUAUAAAUACCUUUUUUCCCCUUUAAGUAAGGAAGAAUGCUUACACAAUGUCAAAAUUUGAGGUAAAAGUGCCCAUUGGUGAAAGUUAUUUAUUGAUAAAACAUGACAUUUUCUUUCUUUUUGUGGGAAAACAAAUCCUGUAGUUCAUUUAAAAGCCUGUACAAAUGAUAGAUCCAUGUUCAGUGACAAAGUCAUGGCUUUUAAAGUGUCCAAUGGCAAUCAAGACAUGCACACUGUCCUAUUAGUGCUCAAAUCUGGGUGCUGUUAAACUAAUCGCAUUUAAAAAUUUUGUUAUAAGGUUGACUAACACAGUACAUAUAUGCAUGAACUAAAUCACCAUUUUGAUGUUAACCUUAUAUUUUCUUUCUCAUUUCCAUAUUUAGUACAACCUUAUUUGCAAUAGAGCUUUCAUUGGUGCCAAUGUACAGGCAGUAUUUGGUGCAGGAAUGUUGCUUGGAUCUUUCAUCUUUGGAGCAGUCUCUGAUAAUUUUGGAAGACGGUCUUGUAUGCUGAUGUGUUCUGUGCUAAUGGUAUGCUUUUGAUUGUAAUUUUACCAAUAGAUUUUAGUUCAUAUUUGCCUUCUCUAUGAUUUGUUCCCUGCAGUUAGUGAGUCAAUGGAUUACAUGACAAAUGAAGUGCAAUGAAAACACAGAAAUAAGGAGGAGAGUUAUGUUACUUUCCCUUUUCUAUUACUAGCUUUGUUGUGCUAUGCUGUCUCAUUUGCUUGGUGCCUUGUUGACAAACUGAAUGCAUGGAUUAGGUUACCCUCUAUCAUGACUACUUAUAGUGAGAGCAUGGAGAUGAGUCUUGAUUAUGACCCUAUGAAAAUAGGAGGUAAAGUAAAGGACUAGAGAGAGUGAGGUUUAUGAGUAUAGAAUCAACAAUAACAACCAAUCUUGUGACAGAAGGAAAACACAAUGUCCAUUGUUUUUGUUUCUGGCCUUUUCACCCAAAGAUUGGAUCCAGUUAUAAAUAACCGAGCAAGAUAUUUUCAUUCUUUAUGACUAAUUUCUUGAGACUGCCAUUAAUCAAUCUUUUAUAAAUGUAGGAAAAUACUUUGUGUUGUUUUAGCUAACAGUUUCAGAUUUUGAUUAUUACUUUUCAAUAGUCAUACCUUUACUUCUCUUCACAAUAUUAGGUAAUUUUGACUAUGAACAACUUCCCAUGCUACAUGUUUAUUUUACUUCAGACGCUCUUCAGCCUGGGUGCAAGCUUUGCUAAAUCCUUAGUCCUCUUCGCUGUCCUUCGAUUUUGUACAGCAGCCUGUCUGACGGGUUUUUUCGUGGCUCAUUAUGUGUACGUCCUGGAGCUUGUGGGACCAACCUACCGCACUAUGGCUUCAAAGUGUUGUGGUUUCUUUUGGGCCGCUGGUUCUGGCGCUAUUGCUCUCAUGGGUUAUUACAUUAGAGACUGGCGUACACUGCUCCUCGUUUCCAGCUGUCCUCCAGCUCUUUUCCUGCUUUUGUGGUUGUAAGUGUUCGAAUAGCGCGGUUUCUAUGGAGUGUUGUAAAACUUAAAGCAAAGCUAUCACAAAAACCAUUUAUGCAAAAAGAAAAAAAAAAUGUGCCAAGGUGCUGGACAAAUUGCAGAGCGUAUAGAAGCAUAUUCAAUUACUUUCGACACCUAGUUGAAAACUCUUUCUAUUGGACGGCUGGCUCCCUCCUCAAGUUUGACAGAUAACGCGAAUCCUAAUGCGAAUCGCUAUUGAUUGUCCGGCUGAUUUGUUCCACUAAAAGAACAAACAAACAUAAAACUUGAAAAUACAUGUACAAAGAAAGAUGCUUUUUUUGUAUUUUUGUUAUGAGCUGCUGAGGCAUCAAACCUCAAACCUCUUACGCUCUACCACUGAGCUACAGAGACUCUACGGUGAGUUAGGCCAUAACCAGAUUCAAAGAUGACAUGCUUCCCGCUUGAAAGCCUCGUUUGAGUCAAUCGACCAAGACAGACGGUGAAUUUUAGGCUUGGUAAUAGAGGUACAGUUGUAGCUCGGAGGUUGUCACAUUUGCUAAUCAUCUGCGAGCGAACCAAUGAAAGUGCUAUAAAUGCUCCAUUCACUCUUUUUAUGAACAUCAUACCCCGUAGCCAAGGUGAAAAUUAAGCUCUCAAUAUGUUAUUAUUGCAGAAUAAUCCCAGAGUCUGGUAGAUGGCUCCUUGUCCGAGGUCGUGUAGAUGAAGCUGGCCAAAUUGUGAGGAAGUUUGCAAAGAAAAAUUCUAUAAUGUCAGAUUACUUAAACAGAGCACUGGCAAAAUGCAGCCGGGGGGAAAUUCUCGCGCGCACAAGAAAAAUACGACAUUCACCCCUCGACCUGUUCCGGACACCACGCAUGCGUAAGAGAACUCUGAUUCUCUGGUUUUGCUGGUGAGUUGUAGUUGCUUACCAUAAAGGGAGAGAAUUAAAUAAAGAAUUAAUUACAGAUAGCUUGUUGAUUACGUCCUUUGGGAAGCUUUUUAGCUAAGCCUUUUCCUUCCUUAAAUCCUUCUAGGAAGAGGCGGUACUCUGUUUCAAGUAAUCUUGCACUCCACAGUAAUAAAUACCAAAUCAAUUGAUUGUUUUCUGAUUGACCUUCUCCAAUUAUUUGAAUUGCUCACCCUAGACCCUCCCAUCGGUACGGAGUAUAAGUUAAACAGACAAAAAGUUCUAACUCUCUUUAUUAUAUAUUGGUUCUUCUCAGGUUGGUAGUGAACUUAAUCUAUUAUGGUUUCCUGUUCUACGUAUCAGACUUGCCUGGAAGUCCUUAUCUCAACAUGAUUAUAAUAUAUGUUGUCAUUGAUACACCUGGAAUAUUCCUGUGUUGGGUAACAGUACAGAAGUAAGUCUAGUUCCAGUAUAAUGAGGUUAUUAAUCGUUUAAAUGUGUAGCACUUUUUAUUUUCAUAACUUGAAACAGAGAGAAAAAACACUUCUAACUCAAAUAGAGAAGUUUUCGCGCUCUUCGCACAUGGGGUAUACUCCGCGAUGUUAGUGAAUGUUAAUGAAUCGCGCACUCUUUAGUAUUUAAUUCUUUGUUACGUUAGUGUCUUUAUAUUUCCUCUAUGUUCUGUUGUGUUGUUUACUACGAAAGUGUCUCACGCACUGUUUUCUUUCUUGUCUGACUGUUACGUUAAUGUCUCGCGCACUGUUUUCUGUGUUCUGUUUAUUUGUUACGUUAGUGUCUCUCGCACUGUUUUCUCUGCUCUCUUUGUUUGUCACAUAAGUGAGUCUCGCCCACUGUUUUCUUUGUGUUCUGUUUGAUUGUUUCUGACGUUGUCUCGCGCACUGUUUUCUCUGUGUUCUGUUUGAUUGUUACGUUAGUGUCUCAGGCACCGUUUUCUCUGUGUUCUGUUUGAUUGUUUGUUACGUUAGUGCCUCGAGCACGGUUUUCUAUGUGUUCUGUUUAACUGUUCGCUAAGUUAGUGUCUCGUGCAUUGUUUUCUUUUUUGUUCUGUUGGAUUGUUUGUCGCGUUAGUGUCUCUUUUACUGUUUUGUUUGAGUUCUGUUUGAUUGUUUGUUACAUCUGUGCCUCGCGCACUGUUUCCUCUGUGUUUUAUUUGAUUAUUUGUUGCGUUAGUGUCUCUUACACUGUUUCUUUGAGUUCUGUUUCAUUGUUUGUAACGUUAGUGUCUCGCGCACUGUUUUCUGUGAGUUCUGUUGGGUUGUUUGUUACGUUAAAGCCUUGCGCACUGUUUUCUGUGACUUCUGAUGCAUUGUUUGUUACGUAAGUGUCUUGCGCACUGUGUUCUUUGAGUUCUGUUAGAUUGUUUGUUACGUCAAUGCCUUGCGAAGUGUUUUCUUUGAGUUCUGUUUGAUUAUUUGUUAAGUUAGUGCCUUCUGCACUGUUUUCUUUAAGUUCUGUUAGAUUGUUACGUUAGUGCCUUGCACAGUUUUUUUUAGUUCUGACAGGUUGUUUGUUACGUUAGUGUCUUGAGCACUGUUUUCUGUGAGUUCUGUUUGAUUGUUUGCUACGUUAGUGUCUUGCACAGGUUUCUGUGAGUUAUGUUAGAUUGUUUGUUACGUUAGUGCCUCGUGCACUGUUUUCUUUGAGUUCUGUUAGAUUUUUGUAACGUGUUAGAUUGUUUGUUACGCUAGUGCCUUGCACACUGGUUUUUUGAGUUGUUUUGGAUUGUUUGUUACGUUAAUGCCUUGCGCACUGUCUUUGUUGACUUCUGUUUGGUUGUUUGUUACAUUACUGCCUUACGCACUGUUUUUUGUGAGUGCUGUUAGAUUGUUUGUUACGUUAGUGUCUCGCGCGCUUUUUCCUUUGAGUUCUGCUAGAUUGUUUGUUACGUUAGUGUCUUGCACACUGUUUUCUGUGAGUUUUGUUAGAUUGUUUGUUACAUUAGUGCCUUGCGCACUGUUUUCUGUAAGUUCUGUUAGAUUGUUUGUUACGUUAGUGCCUUACGCACGGUUUUUUUUGAGGUCUGUUAGAUUGCUUGUUACGUCAGUGCCUUGCGCACUGUUUUCUUUAAGUUCUGUUAAAUUGUUUGGUGCGUCAUUGUCUUGUGCACUGUUUUGUGUGAGUUCUGUUUGACUGUUUGUUACGUCAGUGCCUUGCGCACUGUUUUCUUUGAGUUCUGUUUGAUUGUUAGUUACCUUAGGGCCUUACACACUGUUUUCUGUGAGUUCUGUUAGAUUGUUUGUCGCGUUAAUGCCUCGUGCACUGUUUUCUUUGCGUUCUGUUAGAUUUUUUGUUGCGUGGGUGCCUUGCGAACUGUUUUCUUUGAAUUCUCUUAGACUGUUUGUUACGUUAGUGCCUUGCGCACUGUCUUUUUGAGUUGUGUUGGAAUGUUUGUCACGUUAGUACGUUGCGGACUGUCUUUGACUUCUGUUUGAUUGUUUGUUACAUUACUGCCUUGCGCACUCUUUUCUGUGAGUGCUGUUAGAUUGUUUGUUACGUGUCUCGCGCGCUUUUUCAUUUGAGUUCUGUUAGAUUGUUUGUUACGUGAGUGCCUUGCGCUCUGUUUUCUUUAAGGUCUGUUAGAUUGUUUCGUCAGUACCUUGUGCACUGUUUUCUUUGAGUUUUGUUCGAUUUUUUUUUACGUAGGUGUCUUGCGCAUUGUUUUAUUUUAGUUGUGUUGGAUUCUUUGUUAGGUGAGUGCCUUGCGCACUGUUUUCUUUGAGUUCUGUUAGAUUGUUUCUUACGUUAGAGCCUUGCGCACUGUUGUUUUGAGUUGUGUUGGAUUGUUUGUUACGUUAGUGCCUUGCGCACUGUCUUCUUUGACUUCUGUUUGAUUGUUUGUUACAUUACUGCCUUGCGCACUGUUUUCUGUAAGUUCUGUUAGAUUGUUACGUUAGUGCCUUACGCACUGUUUUCUUUGAGUUCUGUGAAACCGUUUGGUGCGUUAGUGUCUUGCGGACUGUUUUUCGUAAGGUCUGUUAGAUUGUUUGUUACGUCAGUACCUUGUGCACUGUUUUCUUUGAGUCUGUUAGAUUGUUUCUUAGGUUAGUGUCUUGGGCACUGUUUUUUGUGAGUUCUGUUUGAUUGUUGGUUACGUCAGUGCCUUGCGCACUGUUUUCUGUGAGUUCUGUGGGAUUGUUACGUUAGUGCCUUGCGCACUGUUUUUUUGAGUUGUGUUGGAUUGUUUGUCAGGUGAGUGCCUUGCGCACUGUUUUCUUUGAGUUCUGUUAGAUUGUUUCUUACGUUAGUGCCUUGUGCACUGUCUUCUUUGACUUCUACUUGAUCGUUUAUUACAUUACUCUGUGAGUUCUAUUAGAUUUUUACGUUAGUGCCUUGCGCACUGUUUUUUUGAGUUAUGUUGGAUUAUUUGUUAGGUGAGUGCCUUGUGCACUGUUUUCUUUGAGUUCUGUUUGAUUGUUUGGUACGUAAGUGCCUUGCGCACUGUUUUUUUUUUAGUUGUGUUGGAUUGUUUGUUACGUUAGUGCCUUGCUCACUGUUUUCUGUGAGUUCUGUUUGAUUGUUUGGUACGUUACUGCCUUGCGCACUGUUUUCUUUGAGUUCUGUUGGAUUGGUUAAUGCGUUAGUGCCUUGCGCACUGUUUUCUGUGAGUUCCGGUUGAUUGUUUGCUACGUUAGUGCCUUGCGCACUGUUUUCUUUGAGUUCUGUUGGAUUGUUUGUUAUGUUAGUGUCUUGCACACUAUUUUCUGUGAGUUUUGUUAGAUUGUUUGUUGCAUUAGUGCCUUGCGCACUAUUUUAUGUAAGUUCUGUUAGAUUUUUUGUUACGUUAGUGUCUCGCGCGCUGUUUCCUUUGAGUUUUGCUAGAUUGUUUGUUACGUUAGUGCCUUACGCACGGUUUUCUUUGAGGUCUGUUGGAUUGUUUGUUACGUCAGUGCCUUGCGCACUGUUUUCUUUGAGUUCUGUUAAAUUGUUUGGUGCGUCAGUGUCUUGUGCACUGUUUUUUGUGAGUUCUGUUUGACUGUUUGUUACGUUAGUGCCUUGCGCACUGUUUUUUUGAGUUGUGUUGGAUUGUUUGUUUCGUUAGUGCGUUGCGCACUGUGUUCUUUGGCUUCUGUUUGAUCGUUUAUUACAUUACUACCCUGCGCACUGUUUUCUGUGAGUGGUGUUAGUUUGUUUGUUACGUAAGUGUCUCGCGUUAGUGUCUUGCGCGCUGUUUUUUGUGAGCUCUGUUUGAUUGUUUGUCACGUAAGUGCCUUGCGCACUGUUUUUUUUAGUUCUGUUGAUUGUUUGUUACGUUAGUGUCUUACGUACUGUUUUCUUUGAGUUCUAUUUGAUUGUUUUGUACGUUAGUGCCUUGCGCACUGUUUGCUGUGAGUUCUUUUUGAUUGUUUGCUACGUUAGUGCCUUCCGCGCUGUUUUUUGUGAGUUCUGUUUGAUUGUUUGCUACGUUAGUGCCUUGCACAUUGUUUUCCUUGAGUUUUGUUGCAUUGUUUGGUACGUUGGUGCGUUUUGCACUGCUUUCUGUGAGUUUUGGUUGAUUGUUCGCUAUGUUAGAGCCUUGCGUACUGUUAUCUUUGAGUUCUGUUAGAUUGUUUGUUAUGUUAGUAUCUUGCACUUUUUUCAGUGAGUUGUGUUUGAUUGUUUGGUACCUUAGUGCCUUGCGCACUGUUUUCUUUGAGUUCCUUUAGAUUGUUACGCUAGUGCCUGUUUUCUGUGAGUUCUGUUUGAUUGUUCGCUAGGUUAGUGUCUUGCGCACUGUUUUCCUUGAGUUGUCUUAGAUUGUUUGUUACGUUAGUGCCUUGCGCACUUUUUUCUUUGAGAUCUGUUAGAUUAUUUGGUGCGUUACUGUGUUGUGCACUGAUUUCUGUGAGUUCUGUUUGAUUGGUUGCUAUGUUAGUGCCUUGCGCGCUGUAUUCUGUGAGUUCUGUGUGACGUUUUGGUACAUAAAUUCCUUGCGCACUGUUUUCUGUGAGUUCUGUUUGAUUGUUUCCUACGUUACCGCCUAGUGCACCGUUUUCUCUGAGUUCUGUUAGAUUGUUUGUUACGUUUUCCUUGCGCACUGUUUUCUGUGAGUUGUAGUUGAUUAUUCGCUACGUUAGUGCCUUGCGCAAAGUUUUCUCUGAGUUCUGUUAGAUUGUUUGUUUUGUUAGUAUCUUGCACACUGUUUUCUGUGAGUUCUGUUUGAUUGUUUGGUACGUUAGUGUCUUGCGCACUGUUUUCUUCGAGUUCUUUUAGAUUGUUUGUUACGCUACUGUCUUGCGCACUGUUUUCUGUGAGUUCUGUGUGAUUGUUUGCUACGUUAGUGUCUUGUGCACUGUUUUCCUUGAGUUGUCUUAGAUUGUUUGUUACGUUAGUGCUUUGCGCACUCUUUUCUUUGAGUUCUCUUAGAUUGUUUGGUACGUUAGUGCGUUGCGCACUGCUUUCUGUGAGUUCUGUUUGACUAAUUGGUACGUUAGUUCCUUGCGCACUGUUUUCUGCGAGUUCUGUGAGACUGUUUCCUACGUUACUGGUUUGCGCAUUGUUUUCUUUGAGUUCCGUUUGAUUGUUUUUUGCGUUAAUCUCUUGCGCACUUUCUUCUGUGAGUUCUAGUUGAUUGUUCGCUACGUUAGUGCCUUGCGCAAUGUUUUCUUUGAGUUCUGUUAGAUUGCUUGUUUUGUUAGUAUCUUGCGCACUGUUUUCUGUGAGUUCUGUUUGAUUUUUUGGUACGUUAGUGCCUUGUGCACUGUUUUCUUCGAGUUCUUUUAGAUUGUUUGUUAUGCUACUGUCUUGCGCACUGUUUUCUGUAAGUUCUGCUUGAUUUUUCGCUACGUUAGUGUCUUGUGCACUGUUUUCCUUGAGUUGUCUUUGAUUGUUUGUUACGUUAGUGCUUUGCGCACUCUUUUCUUUGAGUUCUCUUAGAUUGUUUGCUACGUUAGUGCGUUGCGCACUGCUUUCGGUGAGUUCUGUUUGACUAUCAUGUACGUUAGUUCCUUGCGCACUGUUUUCUGCGAGUUAUAUGAGACUGUUUCCUACGUUACUGGUUUGCGCAUUGUUUUCUUUGAGUUUUGUUUGAUUGUUUUUUGCGUUAAUCUCUUGCGCACUUUUUUCUGUGAGUUUUGGUUGAUUGUUCGCUACGUUAGUGCCUUACGCAAUGUUUUCUUUGAGUUCUGUGAGAUAGUUCGUUUUGUUAGUAUCUUGCGCACUGUUUUCUGUGAGUUCUGUUUGAUUGUUUGGUACGUUAGUGCCUUGCGCACUGUUUUUUUCGAGUUCUUUUAGAUUGUUUGUUACACUACUGUCUUGCGCACUGUUUUCUGUGAGUUCUGGUUGAUUGUUCGCUACGUUAGUGUCUUGUGCACUGUUUUCCUUGAGUUGUCUUAGAUUGUUUGUUACGUUAGUGCUUUGCGCACUCUUUUCUUUGAGUUCUCUAAGAUUGUUUGGUACGUUAGUGCGUUGCGCACUGCUUUCUGUGAGUUCUGUUUCAUUGUUUGCUACGUUAGUGCCUUGCGAGCUAUUUUCUGUGAGUUCUGUUUGACUAUCUGGUACGUUAGUUCCUUGCGCACUGUUUUCUGCGAGUUCUGUGAGACUGUUUCCUACGUUACUGGUUUGCGCUUUGUUUUCUUUGAGUUCUGUUUGAUUGGUUUUUGGGUUAAUCUCUUGCGCACUUUUUUCUGUGAUUUCUGGUUGAUUGUUUGCCUCGUUACUGACUUGCGCACUGUAUUCUUUGAGUUCUUUUUGAUUUUUUGUCACGUUAGUGCCUUGCGCAAUGUUUUAUGUGAGUUCUGUUUGAUUGUUUGGUACGUUAGUGCCUUGCGCUCUGUUUUCUUCGAGUUCUUUUAGAUUGUUUGUUACGCUACUGUCUUACGCACUGUUUUCUGUAAGUUCUGUUUGAUUGUUUGUUACGUUGGUGCCUUGCGCACGGUUUUCCUUGAGUUGUCUUAGAUUUUUUGUUACGUUAGUGCCUUGCGCACUGUUUUUUUUGAGUUCUGUUAGAUUGUUUGGUUUGUUAGUGCCUUGCGCACUGUGUUCCUUGAGUUCUUUUUGAUUUUUUUCUACGUUAAUGCCUUGCGCACUGUUUUCUGUGAAUUCUGUUUGAUUGUUUGCUAUGUUACUGCCUUGCGUACUGUUUUCUUUGAGUUCUGUUUCAUUGUUUGUUACGUUAGUGCUUUGCGCGCUUUUUUCUGUGAGUUAUGUUUGAUUGUUUGGUAUGUUAGUGCCUUGUGUACUGUUUUUCGGUGAAUUCUGUUAGAUUGUUACGCUAGUGCCUUGCGCACUGUUUUCUGCGAGUUCUGUGAGAUUGUUUCCUACGUUACUGGUUUGCGCAUUGUUUUCUUUGAGUUCUGUUUGAUUGUUUUUUGGUGAAUCUCUUGCGCUCUUUUUUCUGUGAAAUCUGGUUAAUUGUUCGCUACGUUAGAGCCUUGCGCAAUGUUUUCUUUGAGUUCUGUCAGAUUGUUUGUGUUGUUAGUAUCUUGCGCACUGUCUUCUGUGAGUUCUGUUUGAUUGUUUGGUACGUUAGUGCCUUGCGCACUGUUUUCUUCGAGUUCUUUUAGAUUGUUUGUUACACUACUGUCUUGCGCACUGUUUUCUGUGAGUUCUGUUUGAUUGUUUGCUACGUUUGUGUCUUGUGUACUGUUUUCUUUGAGUUGUCUUAGAUUGUUUGUUACGUUAGUGCUUUGCGCACUCUUUUCUUUGAGUUCUCUUAGACUGUUUGGUACGUUAGUGCGUUGCGCACUGCUUUCUGUGAGUUCUGUUUCAUUGUUAGCUACGUUAGUGCCUUGCGCGCUAUUUUCUGUGAGUUUUGUUUGACUAUUUGGUACGUCAGUUCCUUGUGCACUGUUUUCUGCGAGUUCUGUGAGACUGUUUCCUACGUUAAUGCCUGGCGCAAUGUUUUCUUUGAGUUCUGUCAGAUUGUUUGUUUUGUUAGUAUCUUGCGCACUUUUUUCUGUGAGUUCUGUUUGAUUGUUUGGUACGUAAGUACCUUGCGCACGGUUUUCCUUGAGUUGUCUUAGAUUUUUUGUUACGUUAGUGCCUUGCGCACUGUUUUUUUUGAGUUCUUUUAGAUUGUUUGUUACGCUGCUGUCUUGUGCACCGUUUUCUGUGAGUUCUGUUUGAUUGUUUGUUACGUUAGUACCUUGCGCACGGUUUUGCUUGAGUUGUCUUAGAUUUUUUGUUACGUUAGUGCCUUGCGCACUGUUUUUUUUUAGUUCUGCUAGAUUGUUUGGUUUGUUAGUGCCUUGUGCACUGUGUUCCUUGAGUUCUUUUUGAUUGUUUUCUACGUUAGUGCCUUGCGCACUGUUUUCUGUGAGUUGUGUUUGAUUGUUUGGUAUGUUAGUGCGUUGCGUAUUGUUUUCUCUGAAUUCUGUUUGUUUGUUUGCUACGUUACUGCCUUGCGUACUGUUUUCUUUGAGUUCUAUUUGAUUGUUUGUUACGUUAGUGCGUUGCGCACUUUUGUCUGUGAGUUAUGUUUGAUUGUUUGGUAUGUUAGUGCCUUGUGUACUGUUUUCUGUGAAUUUUGUUAGAUUGUUACGCUAGUGCCUUGCGCACUGUUUUCUGCGAGCUCUGUGAGAUUGUUUCCUACGUUACUGUUAUGCGCAUUGUUUUCUUUGAGUUCUGUUUGAUUGUUUUUUGGGUUAAUCUCUUGCGCACUUUUUUCUGUGCGUUCUGGUUGAUUGUUUGCCUCGUUAGUGACUUGCGCACUGUAUUCUUUGAGUUCUUUUUGAUUUUUUGUCACGUUAGUGCCUUGCGCAAUGUUUUCUUUGAGUUCUGUUUGAUUGUUUGCUACGGUAGUGCCUUGCGCUCUGUUUUCUUCGAGGUUUUUUAGAUUGUUUGUUACGCUACUGUCUUACGCACUGUUUUCUGUGAGUUCUGCUUGAUUGUUUGUUACGUGCCUUGCGCACGGUUUUCCUUGAGUUGUCUUAGAUUUUUUUGUUACGUUAGUGCCUUGCGCACUGUUUUUUUUAGAUUGUUUGGUACGUUAGUGCCUUGCGCACUGUGCUCCUUGAGUUCUUUUUUAUUGUUUCCUUUGUAGAGCCUUGUGCACUGUUUUCUGUGAGUUGUGUUUGAUUGUUUGGUAUGUUAGUGCGUUGUGCAUUGUUUUCUGUGAAUUCUGUUUGAUUGUUUGCUACGUUACUGCCUUGCGUACUGUUUUCUUUGAGUUCUGUUUGAUUGUUUGUUACGUAAGUGUGUUGGGCACUAUUUUCUGUGAGUUAUGUUUGAUUGUUUGGUAUGUUAGUGCCUUAUGCACUGUUUUCUGUGAAUUCUGUUAGAUUGUUACGCUAGUGCCUUGCGCACUGUUUUCUGUGAAUUCUGUUUUAUUGUUUUCUACGGUAGUGCUUUGCGCACUGUUUUUCUUGAGUUCUGUUAGAUUGUUUGUUACGUUAGUGCCUUCCGCACUGUUUUCUUUGAGUUUUGUUAGACUGUUUUGUACGUUAGUGCCUUGCGCACUUUUUUCUUUGAGUUCUAUUUCAUUGUUUGGUACGUUAGUGCGUUGCGCACUGUUUUCUGUGAGUUAUGUUUGAUUGCUUUGUACGUUAGUGUCUUGCGCACUGUUUUCUUUGAGUUCUGUUAGAUUGUUUUCUACGCUAGUGCCUUGCGCACUGUUUUCUGUGAGUUCUGUUUUAUUGUUCGCUACAUUAGUACCUUGGGCACUUUUCCUUGUGUUCUGUUAGAUUGCUCGGUACGUUAGUAACUUUCGCACUGAUUUCUGUGAAUUCUUUUUGAUUUUUUGCUACGUUAGUGCCUUGUGCGCUGCUUUCUGUGAAUUCUGUUUGAUUGUUUGGUACGUUAAAGCCUUGCGCACUGUUUUUUGUGAGUUCUGUUUGAUUGUUUGCUUCGUUACUGACCUGCGCACUGUUUUCUGCGAGUUCUAUUAGAUUGUUUGUUGCGUUAGUGCCUUACGCACUGUUUUCUGUGAGUUCUGUUUGAUUGUUUGUUACGUUAGUGCCCUGUGCACUGUUUUCUGUGAGUUCUGUUUGAUUGCUUGCUAUGUUAGUGCGUUUUGCACUGUUUUCCGUGAGUUCUGUUUGAUUAUUUGCUACGGUAGUGCGUUGCGCACUGCUUUCUGUGAGUUCUGUUUCAUUGUUUGCUACUUUAGUGCCUUGCGCGCUGUUUUCUAAGAUUUCUGUUUGACUUUUUGGUACGUUCGUUCCUUGCGCACUGUUUUCUGCGAGUUCUAUUUGAUUGUUUUCUACGGUACUGCCUCGUGCACUGUUUUCUUUGAGUUCUGUUAGAUGGUUUAUUACGUUUGUACCUUGCACACUGUUUUGUUUGAGUUCUGUUAGUUUGUUUGAUACGUCAGUGUCUUGCGCACUGUUUUCUGUGAUUUGUUUUUGAUUUUUUGCUACGUUAUUGCCUUUUGCGGUUUUCUGUGAAUUGUUUGAUUGUUUGAUACGUCGCGCACUGUUUUUUGUGAGUUUUGUUUGCCUCGUUACUGACUUGCGCACUGUAUUCUUUGAGUUCUUUUUGAUUUUUUGUCACGUUAGUGCUUUGUGCACUGUUUUCUGUGAGUUCUGUUUGAUUGUUUGGUUCGGUAGUGCCCCUUUGUUUUCUGUGAGUUCUGUUUAAUUGUUUGCUACGUUAGUUCGUUGCGCACUGUUUUCUGUGAGAUCUGUGUGAUUGUUUGCUACGUUAGUGCCUUGCGCACUGUUUUCUAUGAGGUCUUUUUGAUUGUUUGGUGCGUUAGUGCGUUGUGCAGUGCUUUCUGUGAGUUCUGUUUGAUUGUUUGCUACGCUAGUGCCUUGUGCGCUGUUUUCUGUGAGUUGUAUUUGAUUGUUUGCUACGUUAGUGCCUUGCGCACUGUUUUCUGUGAGAUCUGUUUGAUUGUUUGUUGAAUUUGUGUCUUGUGCACUGUUUUCUGUGAGUUCUGUGUGACUGUUUGCUACGUUAAUUCCUUGCGGACCGUUUUUUUAGUUCUGGUAGAUUUUUUGUUCCUUUUUUGCCUUGUGCACUGUUUUCUGUGAGUUCUGAUUGAUUAUUUGGUACGUUAGUGCCUUGCGCACUGUUUUCUGUGAGUUCUGUUUGAUUGUUUUGUACAUUAGUGCCUUGCGCACUGUUUUCUGUGAGUUGUGUUUGAUUGUUUACUUCGUUACUGACUUGCGCACUGUUUCCUUUGGGUUUUGUUAGAUUUUCUGUUGCGUUAGUGCCUUGUGCACUGUUUUCUGUGAGUUCUGUUUGAUUGUAUGUUACGUUAGUGCCUUGCGCACUGUUUUCUGUGAGUUCUGUUUAAUUGUUUGCUACGGUAGUGCGUUGUGCCUUGUUUUUUGUGAGUUCUGUUUGAUUGUUUGCUUCGUUACUGACUUGGGCACUGUUUUCUUUUGGUUUUGUUAGACUGUUUGUUGCGUGAGUUCCUUGCGCACUGUUUUCUGUGAGUUCUGUUUGAUUGUAUGUUGCGUUAGUGCCUUGCACACUGUUUUCUGUGAGUUCUGUUUGAUUGUGUGGUACGAUAGUGCCUUGCGCACUGUUUUCUGUGAGUUCUGUUUAAUUGUUUGCUACGUUAUUGCCUUGCGCGCUGUUUUCUGUGAGUUCUGUUUGACUUUUUGGUACGUUUGUUCCUUGCGUACUGUUUUCUGUGAGUUCUGUUAGAUGGUUUGUUACGUUAUUGCCUUGCACACUGUUUUCUUUGAGUUCUGUUAGUCUGUUUGAUACGUCAGUGCCUUGCGCAUUGUUUUCUGUGAAUUCGUUUUGAGUUUUUGCUACGUUAGUGCCUUGCGCGCUGUUCUCUGUGAGUUGUGUUUGAUUGUUUUAUACGUUGCGCACUGUUUUUUUUGAGUUCUGUUUCAUUGUUUUCCUCGUGACUGACUUGCGCAUUGUUUUCUUUGAGUUCUUUUUGAUUUUUUGGUACGUUAGUGCCUUGCGCAUGGUUUUUUGUGAGUUCUGUUUGUUUUUUUGCUACGGUAGUGCGUUGCGCACUGCUUUCUGUGAGUUCUGUUUCAUUGUUUGCUACGUUAGUGCCUUGCGCGCUGUUUUCUGUGAGUUCUGUUUGACUUUUUGGUACGUUCGUUCCUUGCGCACUGUUUUCUUCGAGUUCUGUUUGAUUGUUUUCUACGUUACUGCCUCGCGCACUGUUUUCUUUGAGUUCUAUUAGAUGGUUUAUUACGUUAGUGUCUUGCACACUGUUUUCCUUGAGUUCUGUUAGUUUGUUUGUUACGUAAGUUCCUUGUACACUGUUUUCUGUGAGUUUUUUAUUUUUUGCUACGUUAGUGCCUUGCGCGCUGUUUUCUGUGAAUUGUGUUUGAUUGUUUGAUACGUUGUGCACUGUUUUUUGUGAGUUCUGUUUGAUUGUUUGCUUCGUUACUGGCUUGCGCACUGUAUUCUUUGAGUUUCUUUUUGAUUUUUUGUUACGUUAGUGCCUUGCGCACUGUUUUCUGUGAGUUCUGUUUGAUUGUUUGGUACGGUAGUGCCUUGCGCUCUGUUCCCUGAGAGUUCUGUUUAAUUGUUUGCUACGUUAGUGUCUUGUGCACUGUUUUCUUUGAGUUCUGUUUGAUUGUUUGUUACGUUAGUGCCUUGCGCACUGUUUUCUAUGAGGUCUUUUGUAUUGUUUGGUACGUUAGUGCGUUGCGCAGUGCUUUCUUUGAGUUCUGUUUGAUUGUUUGCUACGCUAGUGCCUUGCGCGCUGUUUUCUGUGAGUUCUAUUUGAUUGUUUGCUACGUUAGUGCCUUGCGCACUGUUUUCUGUGAGUUCUGUUUGAUUGUUUGUUGCGUUAGUGUCUUGUGCACUGUUUUCUUUGAGUUCUGUGUAAUUGUUUGCUACGUUAAUUCCUUGCGCACUGUUUUUUUUAGUUCUGGUAGAUUUUUUGUUACGUUUUUGCCUUGCGCACUGUUUUUGUGAGUUCUGUUUGAUUAUUUGGUACGUUAGUGCCUUGCGCACUGUUUUCUGUGAGUUCUGUUUGAUUGUUUUGUACGUUAGCGCCUUGCGCACUGUUUUCAUUUAGUUCUUUUUUAUUGUUUGCUACGUUAGUGCCUUGCGCACUGUUUUCUCAGAGUUCUGUUUGAUUGUUUGCUAAGUUACUGCCCUGCGCACGGUUUUUUGUGAGUUUUGUUUGAUUUUUUGGUACGUUACUGUAUUGGGUACUGUUAUUGUGAGGUAUGUAUGAAUUUUUCUAUGUUAGUGCCUUUUGCACUGUUUUCUGUGUAUUCUGUUUAUGUGUUUGUUACGUUAGGGUCUUGCACACUGUUUUCUGCGAGUUAUGUUAGAUUGUUUGUUACAUUAGUGUCUUGUACUGUUUUCUUUGAGUUCUGUUUGAUUGUUUCUUACUGGAGUGCGUUGUUCACUGUAUUUUUGACUUGUGUUGGAUUGUUUAUUACGGUAGUGCCUUGCGCACUGUUUUGUUAGAGUUCUUUUAGAUUGUUUUUUACGUUAGUGUCUUGGUCACAAUUUUUGUGAGUUCGUUUUUAUUGUUUGUUAAGUUAGUAUCUUGCACAAUGUUUUCUGUGACUUCUGAUGGAUUGUUUGUUAAGUUAGUGUCUUGGACACUUUUUUCUGUGAGUUCUGUUAGAUUGUCUGUUACAUUAGUGCCUUGCGCACUGUUUUCUUUGAGUUCUGUUGGAUUGUUUGUUACGUUAGUUCCUCGCGCACUGUUUUCUUUGAGUUCUGUUAGAUUUUUUGUUGCGUGAGUGCCUUGUGCACUGUUUUCUUUGAGUUCUGUCAGAUUGUUUGUUACGUUAGGGGCGUGUGCACUGUUUUUUUUUAGUUGUAUUGGAUUGUUUGUUACGUUAGUGCCUUGCGCACUAUCUUCUUUGACUUCUGUUUGGUUGUUUGUUACAUUACUGCUUUGCGCACUGUUUUCUUUGAAAUCUGCUAGAUUUUUUGGUACGUCAGUGCCUUCGGCACUGUUUUCUUUGACUUCUGUUUGAUUAUUUGUUACAGUAGUACCUUGCGCAGUGUUUUCUUUAAGUUCUGUAGAUUUUUUUGUUACGUUAGUGCCUUGCUCACUGUUUUCUUUGAGUUCUGUUAGAUUGUUUGUUACGUUAGGGCCUUGCGCACUGGUUUUUUAGCUUUGUUGGAUUGUUUGUUACGUUAGUGCCUCACGCGUUGUUUCCUUUGAGUUCUGUUAGAUUUUUUGUUACGUUGGUGCCUUGCGCACAGUUUUCUUUGAGAUCUGCUAGAUUGUUUGUUACUUCAGUGCCUUGCGCACUGUUUUCUUUGAAAUCUGCUAGAGGUUUUUGUGCGUUAGUGUCUUGCGCACUUAUCUUCUGAGUUCUGUUUUAUUGUUUGUUACGUUAGUGCCUUGCGCACUGUUUUCUUUGAUUUCUGUUCGAUUGUUUGUUACCUUAGAGUCUUGCACACUGUUUUCUGUGGGUUCUGUUAGAUUGUUUGUUACGUUAGUGCCUUGCACACUUUGAGUUCUGGUAGUUUUAUUGUUACGUGAGUGCCUUACGCACUGCUUUGUUUGAAUUCUGUUAGACUGUUAAUUACGUUUGUUCCUUGCAUAAAGUUUUUUUUGUUGUGUUGGGUUGUUUGUUACGUUAGUGCUUUGCGCAGUGUCUUCUUUGACUUCAGUUUGAUUGUUUGAUACAGUACUGCCUUGUGCACUGUUUUCUGUGAGUGCUGUUAGAUUGUUUGUUACGUUAGUGUCUUGCGCGCUUUUUUCUUUGCGUUCUGUUAGAUUGUUUGUUAGGUUAGUGCCUUGCGCACUGUUUUCUUAGGGGUGGGUUAGAUUGUUUGUUACGUCAGUACCUUGGGCAUUGUUUUCUUUCAGUUCCGUUAGAUCGUUUGUUACGUUAGUGUCUUGGGCAUUGUUUCCUGUGAGUUCUGUUUGAUUGUUUGUUACGUUAGUGCUCUGCGCACUGUGUUUUUGAAUUGUGUUGGAUUUUUUGUUACGUUAGUGCCUCGCGCAGUCUUCUUUGACUUCUGUUUGAUCCUUUACAUCACUGCCUUGCGCACUGUUUUCUGUGAAUUCUGUUAGAUUGUUGCGUUAGUAUCUUGCACGCUGUUUCGUUUGAGUUCUGUUAGAUUGUUAGGUUAGUGCCUUGUGCACGGUUUUCUUUGAAGUCUGUUAGAUUGUGUGUUACGUGAGUUCCUUGGGCACUGUUUUCUUUUAGUUCUGUUAAAUUGUUUGGUGCGCUAGUGUCUUGCGCACUGUUUUCUUUGAGUUGUGUUUGAUUGUUUCUUACCUUAGUGUCUUGCACACUGUUUUCCGUGAAUUCUGUUAGAUUGUUUGUUACGUUAGUGCGUUGCGCACUGUUUUCCUUGAAUUGUUUGAUUGUUUGUUAGUUAGUGCCUCGAGCACUGUUUUCUUUGAGUUCUGUAAGAUUUUUUGUACGUGAGUGCCUUGUGCACUAUUUUUUUUGAGUUGUGUUGGAUUGUUUGUAACGUUAGUGUCUUGUACAUUGUUUUAUGUGAGUUCUGUAAGAUUUUUUGGUACGUGAGUGCCUUACGCACUGUUUUGUUUUAGUUCUGUUAGAUUGUUUAUUACGUUAGUGCCUUGCGUUUUUUUUUUUGAGUUGUGUUUUAGUGUUUGUUGCGUUCGUGUCUCACGCACUGUUUUCUGUGAGUUCUGUUUGACUGUUUGUUACGUUAGUGCCUUGCGCACUGUUUUCUGUGAGUGCUGUUAGAUUGUCUGUUACAUUAGUGCUUUGCGCACUAUUUUCUGAGUUCUGUUUGAUUGUUUGUUACAUUAGUGCCUUGGGCACUUUCUUCUCUGUAUUCUGUUUGAUUGUUUGUUACGUUAGUGUCUCGUGCACUGUUUUCUCUGUGUUGUGUGUGAUUGUUUGUUACGUUAGCGUCUCGCACACUGUUUUCUCUGUGUUCUGUUUAACUGUUUGUUACGUUGGUGCGUCGUGCACAGAUUUUCAUUACUCAAUUUGAUUGUUGGUUGCGUUCGUGUCUCGCGCACUGUUUUGCUUGUUUUGUUUUAUUGUCUGUUACGUUAGUGUCUCGCGUACUGUUUUUCCUGUGUUCUGUUUGAUUGUUUUGAUUGUUUGUCACGUUAAUGUCCCGCGCACUGUCUUUCCUAUGUUCUGUUUGGUUGUUUACUACGUUCGUGUCUCGCGCACUGUUUUUCUUGUGUUCUGUGUGAUUGUUUGUUACGUUGGUGCCUCGCGCAGUUUUCUCUGUGUUGUGUUUGAUUGUUUGUGACGUUUAUGUCUCGUGCACUGUUUUCUUUGUGUACUGUAUGAUUGGUUGUUACAUUAGUGUUUCGCGCACUUUUUCGUGUGUAUUCCGUUUGAUUGUUUGUUACGUUAGUGCCUCGAGCACGGUUUUCUCUGUGUUCUGUUUAACUGUUCGCUACGUUGGUGCCUCGCGCAGUUUUGUCUGUGUUCUGUUUGAUUGUUUGUUACGUUAGUGCCUCGCGCAUUGUUUCUCUUUUUUCUGUUUGAUCAUUUAUUUUGUUGGUGCCUCGCGCACAGUUUUUCCUGUGUUCACCAACGUAACAAAUAGUCAAGCAGAACACAGAGAAAAACGUGCGCGACACACUAACGUAACAAACAGUCAAACAGAACACAGGACAAACUGUGCGCAAGGCACUAACGUACCAAACACUCAAACAGAACACAGAGAAAACAGUACACGAGACACUAAUGUAACAAACAAUCAAAAAGAACACAAAAAAAAACAGUGCGCGAGGAACUAACGCAACAAAAAGUCAACAGAACUCAGAAAAAAGUGCGCGUACACUAAUGCGAAAAACAAUCAAACAGAGCUAAAAGAAAACAAUGCACGAGACACUAACUUAACAAACAAUCGAACAGAACACAAAGAAAAUAGUGCGCGAGACAUAAACGUUACAAACAAUCAAACAAAACAGACUAAACUGCGCGAAACACUAACGUAAAAACAAUCAAGCAGAACAUAGGAAAAAACUGUGCGCAAGGCACAAACGUAACAAACAGUCAAAGAGAUCACAGGAAAAACAGUGCGCGAGACACUAACGAAACAAAGAAUCAAACAGAACGCAGGAAAACCAGUGCACGGGACACUAACGCGACAAAUAAUCAAACAUAACAUAGGAAAACGGGUGCACGAGACAUUAACGUAAAAACAAUCCAACCGAACACCAGCAAAACAGUGCGCGAGACACUAACGUAACUAACAAUCAAACAGAACACAGGAAAAUCAGUACACGAGACACUAACGCGACAAACAAUCGCACAGAACACAGAGAAAACAGUGCGCGAGACAUUAACGUCACAAACAAUCAAACAGAAAACAGGCAAAACUACGCGAAACACUAACGUAAAAACAAUCAAGCAGAACACAGGAAAAAACUGUGCGCGAGACACUAACGUAACAAACAAUUUUGCUGGUGUUCAAACAGAACACGGUUGGCAAACAAUUGUUUUGCGAGGCACUAACGUAACGUUCAAAUGUCUCGCGCACCCGUUUUCCUGUGCUCUGUUUGAUUGUUUUGACGUUUAGUGUCGCGCCCACUGUUUGUUUAUUUGUUCUUCCUCCUGAUCUGUUUGAUUGUUUGUUACGUUAGUGUCUCGCCCACUGUUCUUCCUGUGAUCUCUUUGAUUGUUUGCUACGUUCGUGUCUCUGUGCUCUAUUUGAUUACUUGUUACUUCUGCGUCCCGCGCACUGUUUUUCCUGUGUUCUGUUUCGACUCGCGCUAUGAUUUCUGUUUUUUUUUUCGCGCUUAUGUCUCCCACGCAUUUUUUUUAUGUGUUUUGUUUAAUUGUUAAGUUUCUAGUACGCAACUGUUUUGGUUUUUCAUUAUUCUGUUUGACUAUUAAUAGUAUCCCGCCCAUUCUCAGCAUAGUUGUGUUCAGUCUGAUUGUUAUCUCAGUUGCGCUCUGUGUUGCCGUAUGCUUUGUUUAGUAGAUUCAUGUGUUUUUAUCAUGUGUUUAUAUCUCGAAAUCGCCUUAUUUUACUCGUUUUUCUUUCCAAUAACUUUACCUUUUUUUUUCAGAUUUGGCCGUCGUGUGCCUUUUUGUGUCUUCAUGAUCAUCGGUGGAGUUGCGUGUCUUCUUGUUCUUAUUGUUCCUAAAGGUAUGCUUCUAACUUAUUGACUGAAUUUGAUUUCCAGUUCGCAACGUCAUAGCAUUCUCGACCUCUUUUUAUUUGCUACUUUUGAAGUAGCUUUGUUAUUGGUUAAAGCCAUUUCGCGUCACGUGACUAUUCCAUAGUAGUUAACAGAGUAGUUAAUUGUGUAAUGAAGUAUCCAUUUUAGUCAACAGCUCAACAUCAGUGCGUGUAUUCUUCAUACUGUUCUCUACACAUUUCCUAUCACACUGACAAGGAGAAUUUAUUUAACAAUCAAAGGCUUCUUAAGGCGAUGAUUUCUUUUAUUCUCAUGACCUUAAUGUGUGAUUCAGUAGUGAUUCUGUAAGGAGAAAUUAGCUGUAAAUCACUGUUAGGGAUGAAAGGGUUAACUUUCUUUACUUCUACAUGUAAGAAAUAUUGUACGCUUUCGACCCUGCGAGAGUCUUGAUACACAUCUAAUGGUUGGGACGAAUGAUACAUCAUAUGGUGAUUGUAUGGUGUGAGAGGGGUUAUGUCAGAGAGGGGAUUGGGGAGGAGUAAGAUUUCGUCUCGGAGACGGUUACAGGGGGUGAAGUUAAAGAUAUUGAGGAAUGAAAGUGAUGUGAGUUUCAGUAGAAAUUUAUCAUUUUAUAAUAAUUAAAUUUUUACAGACGAAGAACGAUUCAUCAGAAUUCUCGCUUUUAUUGGACGCGGCUUUGUUACGAUGUCAUUUUCAAUCUUAUAUCUGUAUAGCAGUGAACUGUACCCUACUUCCAUUAGGUGAGACAAAAAAAGACUGAUUCUCUUAUUCUGAUGAGAUGCUUAGUGAUCGAGUGAAAUCCAAUUCAGUUUAUUUGGUUCAUGGAAGCUAUGUUAUGUUGCUCUCUUCAUUGCAGUUGUUUCUGUCUGUGUGCUUGUGUUUAGUUAGGUUGGUGCAUUAGCGCAAAUGGAUCUAUUCUUACUCUCACCCUGAUAUUUUCUUGAUUGUCACGUUAGCAGUUUGCAUUCGCUCCUUUCUCCUUUCUAAUUUUUGCACAAGUAAUUAACGUUAUGUAUGUGUUUAUGUUUAAAUGUUCGGUAGUUAUGCACAACACAUUGUUUCUUUUUGUUUCAGCAAUGUGCAUUCUCUUGCUUGAUUAAGUUGGUUAAGAUUUAUGUUCUCCCUUGUUCCCUGCCCUGCCCGCUGUUUGAAAUAUCAAAAAUAGCAUCCGGCAUAUCUUUCCUGUGUGAAUUACUCUCAAUAGGAACCUUGCUGUUGGGACUUGUUCAACUAUUGCUCGCCUUGGUUUUAUUUUGGCCUCCUAUAUUGUUAUGCUGGUAAGUAAUAUGUGCUUAUGGACUACUUUGGGGAGCUGAAUAUCAAUGGUAAAAAUUACAAUGAUACACUGGCAAAGUCUAGAGAAUGAAGGCUGGAUCGAAAAAACGGACUCACCAAGUUCCUACCAUGAAUCUGUAGAUGAUUGAAUUUUAAGUCAUUUGCAUCAAAGUGUAUUUUAAACGUGUAAUUUUUUUCCAUCUCGCAGUCGCAGUUACCCGGACUCAGUGUUAUUUUUCCGAUGGUUGUCUUUGGAGUAUUAGCUUUAACCGCUGGCCUAGUGAUACUUUGGCUUCCAGAGACUCUCAACUCAAACAUGUGUCAGACGUUGGACGAAACAAAUCGACAAAAUGAAUAUUAUGGGUUUAUAUGGAUGGAGAGACGUGUUAAUAUUCCAUUUUCAUUUUCAAGGUGAGACACCGGUUUGGCAAUGGGGGGAGGGGUGGUCUGAGGAUUUUUCCGGGGGGAUCACAUGGUUCUCAGCGAGGACAAAGGGGGGAUCAAUAGGUAACUACCAAUAACGGGGGAUCACUAGGAUAACACAGAGCGUCAGUGGGGGAUCAGGUAGAUUUUAUUCUGACACAGCCAUAAUCCUCUGACCUCAUCGCCCCCCCUCCCGAUGAUAAAUAUUGACUGGUCCCUUAACCUUUUCACUCCCAAGAUCGUAUUAGUAAUUCUCCUUACUGUCUGCUGUACAAUUCUUAUGAUUUUAGUUCUGAGAAUUUGUGACUGGAUCAACUGUUAAUCCUUAAUUUAUAUUUCUCUCUAUUCUUAUCACCUGUUUGCUAUAAAUUGUAUGGAUAUUGUAGGGAGAAAUUCAGUCGUGGUCACUCAUGGGAGUUAAAGCCUCAUAGUGAGUGUCGCGUGUGAUUCAGUGAGAAUCAAGUGAAAACAUAGCAAGAAAAAGUGAAUGAAUACUAAGAAGCGUUUUUCUGUUCAGACUCAGGUCUUCAGGCGCUGCACAUGUGCGUGUUGUUUCCAACGAGGGGGUUCAAGUUGGGGAGGACAGUGACGGUGAUGAUGAUGAUACCGUGGACAAUGCUCCAUUGAUUACUUGA